GCGGGGCUUAAGAUUACACUAUAAAUUCAUGCCACUUGUCCCGAAUACGUCAUUGGUGUGAUUUACCUGACUUCAGAAUAUUCAUCCGACUUUAAGAUAUGAACACUUCGGUAAACCACGUAAUGGAACUGUCAAUAAGACUGCUCGGAGGAGUUCCGAAGACGCUUAAAGUGAGCGGAGAUGCUACAGUUGGCGAACUCAAGCAGCUCAUUUCUCAGCUCUUCGGAGACCCUCCUCACAGACAGAAGCUUUCUGCCGAUAACGGUUCCCACAUCAGCCUCGAGGAUGAUUCCAGAACCCUCAGCAGUUACGGGUUGCACUCUGGAUCUGUGGUGAGUCUGCUCAUCACCAAACCUGCACCUUUCGAAGUGCUCGUCAAGAAUGAGAAAGGCGAGAUUGGAGCGUAUGAAGUUGAUGUCAAUGAGACCGUCGAUCAGCUCCAGACUAAGAUCUACAACAAAUUGAGAGUCCCAAUGGAUCAGCAAAGACUGAUCUACAACGGAAAAUAGCUGGAGCCUGGCAGGAAGUUGCAAGAUUACAACAUCAAACCAAAAAGCACCAUUCAAAUGACUCUCCGUCUGCGAGGAGGAGGUUAAAUUAUCGCGCUAAUCUCCGAUCUUACUAUUUUAAUGACUAAACACUAGACAUGCCAAAAGAGGAAAAGUCAUA